GCUAACAGCUAGCCUCUUCAGACCGGCAGAGACCCUCCUCCUGCGGGACGUUUUCUCUCCGGUACCGGCUCUCCUCCAGACUCUGGUUCUCCUCCUCUCCGGUACCGGCCUCCUCCUCCAGCCUCCGGCUCUCCUCCUCUCCGGUACCGGCCUCCUCACUGCUUCUUCUCCUCCGAACAGAACCAUGUCGGCCAUUCAGCGGAUGAAGGUGGCGAACGAGCGGCACAGCAAGAGCAUCACCCAGCGGGGACACGUCCAGAAAACAUCGCGGCCUGUGAACGAGGAGAAGUCUCCGGUCGGUCCCUGGCUCCUCGCUCUCUUUGUCUUCGUGGUCUGUGGAUCAGCAAUCUUCCAGAUCAUCCAGAGCAUCCGGCAGGGCAUGUGAUGACCUCUGACCCCAAGGAGCAUGACCCCCUACACACAGACAGACACACACACGUACACACACCCGUACACACGCACACACACUCACUGUUCCUGUGGAGCUAGUUUUUCUUCUUCUUCUGUUUUUUUACGCACCGAUGAGGCUGAUCAGAUAUUGGUUAUUGAUUACUGUAGGUCGUUCCCGUCAGAAUAAAACUACUUCCUGUCGGUGUGACGGACGGUCCACUGACCUGAGAUCAGAGGUUAGAUUUACAGGAACAAGCUGCUGAUUUAUCUCGCACUUCCUGUUUACAUUUCACAAUAAAAGUCCUCCAGCUGGCCAGGCUUUUAUUGUGAAAUACGUACAGGAAGUGUUGGUUUCCAGCUCAGAGGUUUCUCUUUAAGACGAUCACUGUAAAAACAUCAGGAUUGAAACGAUGUGUAAAAGUUCUGCUCAAAGAGUUUUCAUUUAGGGUUUUUAAUAUUAUAGAAAGUUGAUUUAAUGACUUUCUAUCACUCUGCAGACUUUCAAAAUAAAGCAGGGAUGAAACGUCUGGAGGUAAAAGAGUCCGAAGGGUUAGGGUCACGUGGAACAGAGAAACAGAGAUCAAUAAGUGCUGCUUGAACCUGUUUGAAGACUAUUCUAAGUAACUAAAGUAAAAGACAACAUGUCAUGAUGUGAGUUCAGAUGAAACAUGAGUUACUCUUCAGAUGCUCAUCAUCACACGGUAUUUAUUAUGAAUGCACGCUAACAGCUAGAGGGGA